AUGAUGUUCAAUGAUAUUUUUUCACAAUUGAGCGAGGAUGACAGCGACGAUUUAACAUUUGCUAAUGAGAUUCCAAUAAAUUCCAAAGAAGAGAUUGUAGAAACUAGCCCGUCAUGUAGUUCUGUUCGAUUUAUGAUGAAUCCAGUUCGAAUAGGAAUUGAGCAGCCACCGCCAAACCUGAGGCCAAACCCAAUUGCAUAUCCGGUGAAAUGCUUCAAGCGCGAUACGUCAAACUGCAAAAUUUGGCGUGCAAGUCGGCCUAGAAAUCGAGUAAAAAAAAUAAUGCAUUCGGAUAAUGUAAACGUGAUAAGUCUUGGUAAAGAAGUGGCGCACGGUGUCAAAACUCGGGUAAUGACAUAUGCGAGGAGUACGGAUAGAAGCUUAAUCAAAGCCGCUGAAAAUAGCCAUUCACUUAUCGAUAUGAACGCUCUUGUAAAUUCGUUGGAUUGCCCUGGCUACUCAAUUGGAUACGGUUACGCAAUUCUAGGAAAUUGUUUAAUGUGGGAUUUAUUGAAAAAUGAAAUGCAAAACGUGAACCAGACAAUGUCGCGAUGUCAAAGUCAGAGCUUCAUUCUACCGGAACACUUGAGCGCCAUUGAAUUGUGCUUGAGCAAUUUGGACGAUGAUCAUUCGCAAUAUUACACCCCGGAAAUUGAGCCGUUCAUUUCUGUGUGCCUUCGGACCACAUUUGAGAGUCUCGAAUUCAAGGAUGACAUGAAAUUGUUGAAUAAAGCCAAACUUUUUCUUAAAACAUAUUUUAAAAAGGCGUGCCGCCCGCGAUUCCUUAUAUGGCGAUAUACACUUCGUCGGACUAAAACCACUCACAAGAAGACUAUCGAAGACUUGCCGCCCGAAAUUCUCCAAACUAUUUUAAAAUUUUUCAUUGAUUUAUCCGGAUUGGGACGAUUUGAGAAGCCUUUUGCCGAAGUUGAUAAAAACCACGAUUUUUAUUAUACCCUCGGCGAUACUGAUGAAAUCCGCUGCCUCACAUACGUGCGCGUUCGCGAAAUGCGCGACUCGCUCGUUCAAUUCUUCAAAGAAGCCAUAAUUGAUGUGCUGAAUGAGAUUCGAGAAAUGCCGUUCUGCCCGAAACUCGGCAUAAUACGACAUUUACAGCGAAGCGCUGAAAAAGAGAAUAUGGUGACGUGGAAGACGUAUGAGAAGCUGAUUCGGAACGAAAUAGAAGAUCCGAGACCGGAGAAUGUUCACGCGAGGGUGGCGUUUGAGUAUGCUAAUUUUUUUGUGAAUCUUUUGAAGCAAAAAACAUGCUCCUUAUUAAUUGCGCAAUUUGAGCACAAAAUUGCUGGCGUUGAUUCGAAGAAGAAAAUCCACGUGGGAAGUUUUCGCGUGAGCCCCGAUGGCAAUCAGAAGGGGCUUAAAGAGAUUCAAUACUCGAGAAGUGAAACGCAUUUGUCGGAGGUUUUGGAAAGCGUUUGCGAUGAAGCGAAGAACUACAAAUUAGUGGUGAACCCGAAUACGGGAAAAGCCGUGUUUGUGCACAAAGACAGCACGUAUCUGAAAGGGGACGAGUCGAGUCGAACUCGCGCGAAACUUCAAGGAGCCUGCAAUGAUUUUGUCGAUUCGCACGAGGAUGAGAUUAUGCGAUUUUUGAAGCAUGAGCACCCGCAACCGGUGUUCGAGUUUUGCCAUCAACAAAUUUCGGUUUGCACUUCUGUCGAUCUUGCUCCUCUUCCAGAGAAUGAGCCGAAACAAGAGGAAGCAAUGACUUUGGAUGAUAUUCCUGACGAUGAAGUCGAUAGAGAAUUAUAA